AUGAAUUUUGUCUCAGUUAAUAUUAAUGGGGUUUCCGAUGAUCGGAAAAGUUUUUGGAUUAAAAGUCUCAAAGGUAGUGUGAAGGCUGACUUCAUCGGUAUACAAGAGUCUCACCAAGAGGGGAUGGAUGAGUUAGCGGCCCAAAGAUUCUGGGAUAAAUCCAAUUUUACUUCGGUUUCUGCCAAUUCGGUUGGUAGAUUGGGUGGGCUGGUCUCCAUGUGGAACCCGGAUAUUUUGUCAGUCGAUAUGGUGAUUAAGAGCCAAAAAUUUCUUCUGACUUCAGGAUUAAUUACGGGAGUUGCUGACCGUAUUAACAUCCUGAAUAUUCAUGCUCCUAAUGAGGUUGGUCAGAGAAGAUUAUUUUGGGAUGAGAUUGCGGGGCUAAUUUCGCGAUUCAGUGGUUUAUGGCUCAUGUUAGGAGACUUCAACGAAGUGCGAUCAGAGGCUGAAAGAAUUAAUUCCCGUUUUGAUUGGGGCUCGAGCGACGCCUUUAACGACUUUAUUUCCAAUUCUGGUCUCCUUGAAUACUCCAAGUCCGGAGGGGAGCCGAAGCUUGUUGAUAGUGUAGACAGAGGAUUAAUUCAUAGUGGGGUUGUGGGUAAACAAGAUUUGUAUUUUGCGGGUAUCCUAAAAGUCAUCAAACAGGAAAUAAAAAAAUGGAGAUUAGAGACGAAACUGUUCUGUAUAGAUAUGGAGGCCAUUAUUGAUAAUAUUGAAAACAAAGCAAUUAGUGGGCUGUUGACUAAUGAAGAUAAAGAAUUGAGAAUAAGGCUUAGGGUUAAGAUCGACCAGUUGGAGUUACGAAAAACUAAAGACUUGCAACAAAAAGCCCGGGCGAAUUGGCUAAAAUUUGGCGAUGAAAAUAGCUCCUUUUUUCAUAAGAUUAUAGAAGUGAACUCGGCCACUAACAGGGUUCAUGGGCUGAUAUUCCAGAAUAGAAAUAGAUUGGUGACGGAUCCGACGGAAUUAAAGGAAGAAAUAAGGCUUUGGUUUAAAAAACAAUUUGCUGAACCGAUUAGACGUAGGCCGGAAUUUGAUAAGGAUGGUUUACCCAAUCUAUCGGAUAAUAGUAGAAAUCUUCUUUGUGAACAAUUUUCGGAAAAGGAUAUUGUCUCCGCUUUAAAAGGAUGCGAUGGUAGUAAAGCUCCGGGCCCGUAUGGGUUUUCUUUAAAAUUCUUUAAAGUCUUCUGGGAGAAAUUUAAAGAUAUUUGGUUGGGGGUUUUUAAGGAGUUUCACUCGAGUGGGAAUAUCAGUGAAGGGUUUCGUCGUUUGUUGCUCUAA